AAGAGAAAAAAUUAAAGCAUCUAUAUUCAAUAUUAAUCAACCUCUCUGUUUUCCUCUGUCUCUCACAUAACACAAUGGAACAAAAAAUGAAAACCACAACUUCUCCUCCUCAAUUACCAAUCCAUAUUCCCAUUCACACCAUGCUAUCAAACUCAACACCAUCUUCAUCUUCUUCACCUCCUUUACAAUCUCCCACGCCUUUCCCUUCACCGCCUUCUCAAUAUUCUCCUCCUUCUGCCACUCUUCGACCACCAUCUCCUCCUCCACCAAUUGUGGUUAGCCCUUGCGCUGCGUGCAAGAUCCUUCGUCGCAGGUGUGUUGAGAAGUGUGUGUUAGCUCCUUAUUUUCCUCCGACCGAUCCACUCAAGUUCACAAUUGCUCAUAGAGUUUUUGGAGCUAGCAACAUCAUUAAGUUUUUGCAGGAACUACCUGAACCUCAAAGAGCAGAUGCUGUUAGCAGCAUGGUUUAUGAAGCAAAUGCUAGGAUAAGGGACCCAGUUUAUGGUUGUGCAGGUGCAAUAUGUCAACUUCAAAAACAAGUUAGUGAACUACAAACACAGCUAGCAAAAGCACAAGCUGAGAUAGUGAACAUGCAUUGCCAACAAGCAAAUUUAGUGGCAUUAAUUUGCAUGGAAAUGAGUAAUCAAUCAUCACCACAAGACCAUAACAUGAUAAUUAAUCAGCCACAACCUCAUGUUGAUAUGAGUUGUUUCUUAGAAGACAACAAUUUUGGGUCUGCUUGGGAGCCUCUAUGGACAUGAAAUUAAUUAAUAUGAAUUAUUAAUUUAUUAUCAUGUGUUUUAGUUAUAUGACUUAAUUAAAUCUCUUAAUUAAUUAGAGUAUUAGUCUUUCCAUUGUAAUUGUAAAACUUAAUUUCCAAACUCCAAAGUGGGGAAGACUAGAGCUAAUGAAAAUCUUACUGAGGGAAUAUUUCAAUAAAAGUCAUAUUAAUUAGUUAUAUGGUAGAUAUGGGUCAUGGU